AUGGCUGCCGGCAGGAAGCGCAUGCAGGAGAGCGCGUCCCCAGCCCCGGCCCCCAAAGUCGCCCGGACAAAUGCUAUCAGCUACCCUGCCACCGCCAAGACCGCCAGGAAACCGGGUGAAAUCGUCCUCGACAGCGACACAACAGCCCAGCUCGCCCGCAUAGCCCAAUCCGACCGCUCCGCCUACGAGAAGCGCGUCUGGACAGCCUUGUGCCACAUCCCCAAGGGCUGCGUCACCACGUACGGCCUGCUAUCUGCACAUCUGGGCUCCUCGCCACGGGCCGUCGGCAACGCCCUACGGCGGAACCCCUUCGCCCCGGACGUCCCUUGCCAUCGCGUCGUGGCGUCGGGCAUGAGCCUGGGCGGGUUCAAAGGCAAGUGGCCGCGCGACGGCGAGGGAAUCACGCUGGAUGAAAAGAGGCGGUUGUUGAGGAGUGAGGGCAUCCGGUUCGACGACAAAGGCAAGGUCCUGGGGACGCCGUGGGUAGGGUGGAUGUAG